AUGUCUACAGACGUAAUUCGCAGAUUCUCACGUUGCCGAAGAGACCUGUUCGUGCGACAACAAGUCUUACGAAAAGAAGUAGCUAGGCAAGCACUGCGUUACAUCACACGGAACGAGACACUCCCCACGCGUACACGACAACAAGCACAACUGGCGCUAAAUGCGUAUCCGAGACACGCGAGACCUGCUAGUAUUACGAAUAGGUGUACCGAGGCUGGUAGAAGUAGAGGAGUAUUUCGUGAGCAUCGGUUGUGCCGAUUUCAGUUUCGCAUGAAGGCGCUGAAUGGCGAGUUACCAGGUGUUAAAAAAGCGGUUUGGUAG